UGUUGAUUGAGGUCUCUGUACGGUAUUUGGCGCCAUUUUGAUGUGUUCUUUCCUUCUUUGAGAGGAGUAAUUUGUUGACAUCGCCUGUUUUCGUUAAGUAAUAAAGAUCUAGCUUACAAAUUAAUUUUGAAUUGUUAGGAUAUGGGUUAAUCCUGUUUUCAAAAUGCCAAAACCAAGUACAGCAAAGUCACCACCAAAAAUAGUUUAUCCUUCUGGAGUAAAAGAAAUAAAUGAGGAUCUAAGUACUGAUGAUUUAGUAAGACGAUUAAAAGAUUGUGCUCAAGCUUUUCAAAAUAUGAGUCAAGAUGAUGACAAUAGUAUAUAUAUUCCAUUGGCAUUAUAUUUAGGAUCAGAUUUUUUUUUAGAACAUCCAAGGAAAGAUGUCAGGUUGAUUAUUGCAUGUUCAAUUGCUGAUGUAUUCAGAGUAUUUGCUCCUGAGGCUCCUUACAAGGAUCCUGAGCAAUUAAAGGUCAUUUUUGAAUUUUUCAUUCAACAGCUUCGAGGAUUAGAAGAUCCAAAAGAUCCUAUAUUUAAGAGAUAUUUUUAUCUUCUUGAGGUCAUUUUUGAAUUUUUCAUUCAACAGCUUCGAGGAUUAGAAGAUCCAAAAGAUCCUAUAUUUAAGAGAUAUUUUUAUCUUCUUGAGAAUAUUUAUUCAUUCAUUUACAGUGAUAAUCACUCAACAAAAGUAAAGAAUUUUAUGAUGGAUAUGAUGUGUCCACUUAUAAGUGAAGCAGAUUCUGUCUCUCAAGAACUAUUGGAUAUUAUCUUAGCUCAGAUCAUUGAGCCAAGAAAGACCCAAAAUAAGAAUGCGUACAAUUUAGCAAAAGAUAUCUUAAGAAGAACUUGUAGUACAAUAGAGCCAUAUCUUCAAGCUUUCUUUAACAAUGCUCUUAUUCUUGGGAAAACAUCUAGAAGUGAUGUUGGUCACCAUUUAUAUGAUCUAAUAUAUGAAUUAAAUUCCAUCUGUCCAAGUAUGUUAGUAGCAGUUUUACCACAACUUGAAUUUAAACUAAAGAGUAAUGAAGAAAAAGAAAGACUUGAAGUUAGUAGAUUAUUGGCUAGAAUGUUUUCUGAUAAAAACUCUGAUCUUGCUGCACAAAAUAAACCAUUAUGGAAUUGUUUUCUUGGAAGAUAUAAUGAUAUCAGUGUGCAAGUUAGAAUGCGUUGUGUUCAGUAUUCUAUGCAUUUUCUAUUGAAUCAUCCUGAAUUAAGCCAAGAUAUUACAGAACAAUUACGACAUAGGCAGCAUGAUCCAGAAGAAACAGUAAGAUAUGAAGUUGUUAUGGCAAUUAUAAGUGCUGCGAAAAAAGAUUUCAGUAGCAUUUCUGAAGAAUUGUUAAAUUUUGUAAAAGAACGAACUUUAGAUAAAAAGUUUAAAAUUAGGAAAGAAGCACUUCUUGGAUUAGCCAUGCUGUAUAAACAGAAUAUGAGUAAUCCUGAAUUACCAGAAUCUACCUUAAAUUGUAUAUCUUGGAUAAAAAAUAAAGUUCUCCAUGGAUAUUAUCAGUCUUCACUUGAAGAUAGGUUAUUGGUUGAACGAAUACUAUAUACAUGUUUAGUACCUUAUCAGAGUAAAGAUAGAAUGAAAAAACUGUACCAGUUAUUUGCUACAGUUGAUGAUAAUGCUGUAAAGGCUUUUAACGAAUUGCUCAAAUGUCAAAAUAUUGUACGUAACCAACUUUGCAAUAUUAUAGAAACACUUAGACAACCUAAAAGUGAUGAGAGAGAAAAAAAUUUGUGUGGAAAAAUUGUCAUAAUUUCAAAAAAUCUAUCAGAACCAAUUAAGUCUCAAGAAUAUAUAAGAAAAUUUUGCACUCUUGUUGAAAGCAAUCAACAGUUACAUACUCAUGUUAAUGUAAUAUUAAAAGGAAGUGCUGCCUGCUCUGAAGUGGAACACAGUGUAAAAGAGAUUUUAAAAGCAGUUGGCCCUCCAGUACAAAUGAAUAGUUUUUAUAUGACAAUAAAACAACUUCUAGAACGUGUGGCUCCUGUUAUGAUUGAUCAUAGUGGAAUAAAACAGUUAAUUUUUUAUGUAAAGAAUUCACUUCUCAACAAUGGAGAAAUUGAUAAAGAACUUGGACUUUACAAUUCUGCACAUAGAGGCCUUCAACUCUUACAUACCUUAUCAUUUGUAUAUCCAGGCUCUUUUCAUGGAGAAGAGAUUUUUAAUGAAUUAUUAAACUUUUUCUAUGCCAAUAAUGAACGUGCUGCUGAACUUACUUUGCAGAUAUUAACAAAUAUUGGAGAAAGUAUUGAAAAAAAAUAUCCAAAUGUUGCACAGAGACUUUUACCAUUAUUGAAAAAUUUUGUUCAGAAUGGCUCAGUAAAACAAGCUAAAUAUGCAGUGGCUUGUAUCAAUACAGCAGUGUCUAAUAAAGAAAAAAUUUUUGGAGAAAUACUUGAGCAUUUGAAACAACAUUUAAGUUUAUCAUCAGGAUACUUUCGGACAGCACUUGUUUCAGUUGGACAUAUUGCUUUUCGUUGUUCAGAUCUAUUUGGUCCUCAAAUAAAAAGUAUAGUUUCCAAAGUAAUAGUUAAAGAACUAUUAAUGAUGGAUUUGGUAAUAUUUUUGUUAUAUGUAAAUAGGUGUUUGUGGUUUUUAAUGGAACCUUUAAUGACAAAAAAUGAAAACUACAGUUUCAGUUUCUUUAAGAGACUAAUAGAAAAUAUAAAACAAACAAAAGAUAAGCAAGCAAGUGAUGAUGAUUUAGCAAACUUGAAAUUAUAUGCAGUGUGUGAUCUGGCUCUAGGACUUGUAAUAUCAAAAACUACAAAUUUUGUUUUAAAAGAUUUUCCUGUUGAACCAUCUUUGCCAUCAAAAUUAUUUACAAGUUUGGAUAAAAGUUACAGUAAUGUUAAGACUUACUUGCCUCAAGAGCUUGCAUUUACACCACCUAAGAAAUCAGGUAUAGAAAUGGAAAUGUUUGGUUUAACAUCAAAAGGUACAAAUAGAACUGCAAUAUUACAUACUAAAAAGGAAGGAAAAACAUUACUAAAUGGAGAAACUGUAAAUAAAGAAUUGGCAGAAGAAGAAAAUGAUAGUAAAAAUGAAAAAGAAAAUAAGGCAGUGAAAGAAGCCACCAAACAAACAAUUAAUGAUGGACUUAUUUCUUCAAAACAAUUAGUUAAACGUUCUCCUGGACGGCCAAGAAAAUUUCAGAUAGCAGAGGGAACAAAGUUAAGUUCUAAAUCAACUACAUUGGCUAAUAAUUCUAGUGCUAGUACUGUUAAAAGACCACGUGGUAGACCACCAGGAAAAAAGAAUUCUAACAACAAAAAAAAGGAUGAAAAUGACUAUAAGAAAGUAGUAUCAGGAGAUGAAACAAAAGAUCAAACUGAUGAUAAUAAUUCAGUCAAAAAUCAGCUUUCUUUGCAACAAAAAUUGAAUUAUUUGGAAGAUAAAAAUAUCAAUUCCAAUAAUUUUACAGAUUCUAAUCAAAGUUCAGUUUCUGCUUCAUCCAAAAAAUUGUCUCCGACAAAGAGACCACGGGGAAGACCAAAGAAGCUAUUUAGCAAUACCAGUGAACUUUGUAAUGAAACAUUAUCUUCUACAACAGAUGAUAAUAGCAUUUCUCCUUUACAUAAUGAGAGGCCACAACGAAAGAGGAAACUGAGUAAUAGUUCGAAGUUAUCUUCAAAUGAUGAUUCCUUUGAAGUUGAUAUAAGUAAUAAGCAUGAAACUACUACUACUACUACUACUUCUACACAAAAAACAUCUAGUGAAAAUCUUUACAAUGAUAAUUUAUCAAAUUCUUCUAUUUAUUAUGAUGUAAGUCCAAAAAAAUUAUCUAUUAUUGUAGAUAAAGUAGCUACAGAUAGAUACUGUAAAUUAAAUAUUAAAGAACCUGAAACACAUUUAUGUGAAGAUAGAUUGAAAAAUGUAAAUAAUUCAAAUAAAAAAUCUGAAAAACCUUCUCAAGAAGAAUCUACAUCCAUUAAACCAUUUCUCAGUCCUAAUGGAAAUAAUAACAGACAGACAAUUUUAUCUAAUUCAUCAUCUCCAGAAGUCAACAAGGUUUUACAAAGUACACCUAUGACUAGAACUGCUAGAAAAUCAUUUGUUGAUAAAAGAUAUACUUUAAAAUCGACAUCACAAUAUACAGCUGAAAAUAAAUCACCUAAAUAUAAUGUAGGAAAAGGUAAAACAUUGUCACCUACUAUUAUAUCUGUUUGUGCUUCACCAGAGAAAUCUCCAGUUUUACCUACUUCAAAAGUUCCAUCCUCUGAGUCAUUUCAGUCUAAUUCAGAAGAUAAAUUAUUAAACACUAGUAAUAUUAAAACUCAUUUGUUUCAUUGUUCACUGGAAAAACUUCGGUAUAUUGAACAUAAUGAAACUUCAUUAGAAGACAUAUCUUUAAAUAAUAAUAAUAAAUCAAAGAAGAAACUCAGUACUUCAUCUAAUACAACUCAAAAAGAAAAUGCUUUCACAAAAAAUCUUCAAACUCUAGACAAUUCAUUUAAAGCUUCAAGUAUAUUCAUUAUAAGAGAUAUGUAG